CCGCACAGUUGGUAACGUCUUUAGUUGGCGAAAACGUGAUCUUACAGACGUCUCUGGUCCUUCUACUGGUGUUCGUGGUGACUUCAUGGUUCUUCAGCACACCUAAGAACCUUCCACCCGGCCCAAGAGGAUUGCCUGUCGUCGGUAAUAUCUUCUCUCUCGCAACGGGUCACCGCGCUGUGACGAUGACCGAAUGGGCGAAGACGUACGGACCUGUUUACCGGAUACAGCUGGGGAGGGAAACGAUGGUUGUACUCUCCGGAUAUGACGUCAUGCACGAGGCUUUCUUGAAGAGAGGAGAAGACUUUUCCAGCAGACCAUUUAAUCCAAUAGUUGCCCUUAUCAACCCCAAGAGGAUAGGUAUCCUCGGGGCUCCUUUCGGCACUCCAUGGAAAGAGCACCGGAAAUUUACGCUGAUGUCUCUGAGAGAGUUCGGGUUCGGGAAAAGAAGUUUGGAGGGGAAGAUCCUGGAGGAGUCGGUCGCUCUACAAGCAGAGAUUGUGAAGAUGGGAAACAAACAGUUCGACAUUAGCCGUAUGGUCCAGAAUGCCGUCACCAACGUGAUCUGUUCUAUUGUGUUUGGAUGCAGGUUCGAAUAUACCGACGGCAAGUUCAAACACUUGAUGGAUGCCCUUGACCGAGCAUUUGCCACAAACCUUUUCGGCCAACUGGCCGUCUUUUUCCCAAUCUUGCGACGUGUUCCAGGAUUGGGACGAGGUGCACAAAUCAUAGUUGACGCAGUGGGUACCAUUAAAGCCUAUAUAAGAGAAGAAAUGGACUCCCACAAGAAGACAUUCGAUUCCAAUGACAUCCGGGACAUUAUCGACACGUACGUGAGGGAAACCAAAUCUCGCGAGGAUGACGACGAGACCACGUUCACUGACGAGAACACAGAAAGGGUGCUGUUUGACUUGUUCAUCGCUGGGGCGGAAACAACCUCCACUACUCUGUACUGGGCGUUUCUGUACAUGAUUCUCAACCCGGACAUCCAACAAAAGGUUCAAGACGAGAUCCACUCCGUGCUCGGACACGACAAGCCGCCGUCCACCGCCCACCGUGCCCAGAUGCCGUACACUGAGGCCGUCCUGACCGAGGUGGCUCGCAUCGGCACCAUCCUACCGACAAGCGUCUUUCACGCCACGUCACGUGACACCAGUUUCCAUGGAUACGACAUUCCCGAAGGCACUACGGUCAUGCCCAACCUGUGGUCCGUCCACCACGACCCGGAACAUUUCCCGAACCCAGGAAAGUUCGACCCCGGCCGCUUCCUGGACGCUCAGGGACGGUACCAGAGGGACGACCACGUCAUGCCGUUUGGUAUCGGCCCACGCAUGUGCCUGGGGAAGCAGCUGGCAGAGAUGGAGCUCUUCGUGUUCUUCACUUCCCUGCUGCAGCACUUCACCUUCAAACUGCCAGAGGGCGCUGCCAAGCCAUCCACCACGGGGAUUAACGGUAUCACCCAUUCGCCCAAGAACUUCAAACUUCAAGCUGAACCACUGGCUUAGUGUCAUUGCCAUAAUGUUACCUUCUGAAAAUAUGCUAUCAUUUUUACAAUAAUGUAAAUACAAUGUUCCAAUGUUUUAUUCAUUAAGGAUCUCGCGAACAAUACACCUGAAGCUCGUCGUUACAACAUUUAAAAAUAUUUUAACACCCUGCUUAAUAUAGUACAAUAAUUGAUUAAAAUCAUGUUGAAAAAUCAUACUGAAGUAACAAACUGUGCGGAUAGUGGCUAAAUAUUGAUGUACUACUAAUACACCGUUUGCUACAGUGUUUGGUUAAUGUAUACAUGGUAUAUACCAAGCUAGCGUGACGUUGGCACGGCAAAUUUAUCUUUAAGUGGGCAAAGUACUAGUAUUCUGCAAAUCAAAAGGGCAAAACACAAGCCUUUAAUUUCGUGUCAUCUAGAAUAAAUAUAAAUCCGAUUGAAAAUGUUGUGCCUGUCGACCGUAGCCUAAAUAAUUUCUUUAUUGGCCGCUGGCAAAGAGUAUUAUAAUGAAUGAAUGAAUGAAUGAAUGAACGAAUACCUUUAUUGUACAGUUUUGCUCUUCCGAGCUAAGUACAGGUCACAACAAGUCAAACAUAUAUACACAUAAAAGUAUCACAAAUCUUGUCUAACACAGAAGUUUGGCUUCUUCUCGCUUCUUGGUAACGGUGAAAAUGUAAGACUGCAUGAGUUUAUUAACUAUCAUAAUGGUUGGUUUAUCAAAACGCAUGAGGAAUAUAAACUUGUCAGUACUACUCAUGUGUCUAAAAUGAGAGAAUCUACUUACUAUGUAAUUGAAUAGAGUAUUUCUAUCAUUGGCAUACAUAUCAAUGAUGAUGUUUUGAUUCUGAUGCCAUAUAUAUGAUUUUCAAGCAGACAGGGACAGGACCAACCACCAAAACCGCAUUUUUGUACCAAGACAGUUGAACUUUACAGGCGACAUUUGCCCAUUCCAAAUUGCCCAACUUUUACGAUGAUACGACGAUCACACGAACUGUAUGUGACCGCGCCCUAAGAAGUCCACACCAUGAAAAUCUUAGGACAGUCCAAGACGUACUUGACCGUACCGGAAUGAAAGUUGUGUAGAAGUAAAUUUUUCGUCAAGAAAACUUUCCAUUGUCGACGAAUAUCAGACCUUCUUUUAUUACUAUUCAUGAUUACGUCAGUGGUAUUGUCUGUGUGGACUGAUUGUUUAUUUUAUCAUGAUCACAAUAAAACAUUACGCAUUGA